AUGGACAAUCAACAUUCUGAAAAUACCGUGCUUCAAGAGGAUGAUGCUGCUCACUACAAUCAUGAAAUGCUCGGAUUUGAAUGGAUUACCAAUGAUGUGAUCGAGCAUGAUAUUAUUCCAUUUGUAGAUUAUUACAGCCUCACCACAGUAAUUCCGUUAGUAUCAAAGACGUGGUAUCAAAUGGCGAACAAAGUGGGCAUGUGGUUUGCUAUUGUUUGUAAAGAGUGCGGAAUUCAUGCAGAGAAUCUUUCAAAUUACGUUACAUGCUGUAAAAUUAAUAAUAUUAGGAACAGAAAUUAUACAAGUUGGGAUAGUUACUUGUUUGAUGAUGAUUUGUACAUAUUGAAAAGAUUGUAUUAUAGUAUUCGUAAAUUGUUUCCAACAAAAUUUUUAACUCCGAGCGAGGACACGACUAGGCAAUUUAGAUUACCAGAUUUGAUCAUGAGAGAUCCAAAUAAUCCAAAUAUUUUGAUAUUCAACAAUCAAAAGUAUAAGGAGAAUACGUUUGGAUUUGAUCUUAAUGUAAUGAGUGACAAAAGAAUUCCAAACCUGAGGUUUCUUCAAACACCAUCAUCAUCUCUUGGAGAAGAAAGUAAUGAAAACCCAAACCCUGCUCCCCAAGAGAAUAACAAUCCAGUGCAGGACCACGAUAUUUCUCAAUUGGUUCCUGUGUAUUAUUUUGAGAUUGAAACAAUGGAACUUGAAAAAGAGUUAAAAACACCAAUGAGUUCAACGACUAUUACUUCACCCCUCUCUUCAGCAUCUCCCUUCUCUGCAAAUAUGGGAUCUCCAUUUUCUCUCACAUUGAAACGGUUCUUUGAAAAGAAAGAAAAGCGUGGAAGGAAUUCUAUUGGAGUAUUGCAUGCAUGUUAUCAAACAAGAAGACAAGUGGGUUGGGAUGAAUGUGGCGCAGGAUUUCAUAGUGAUGAUGGGAAAAUAUUUGUCGCAGAGGGUGGUAGCGACUUUGAUGUUCUGAUAAAGGAGAAGAAACCAAUACUUGGAGAUACAUUAGGGUGUGGUAUCUUGGCUAGCAAUGGUUACGGAGUUGCCUUCUUCACGUUGAACGGUAGAUUCUUGGCUUCACCUUUCACUGUUAAAACAAAAAAAGAAGAUAUGAGGUUGGGGCUUGGAUUUUGGAAGAAUGAAAAAGCACUGUGCAACUUUGGUCAAAUGCCGUUCAAAUACAACAUUACCAAUGUUUUUGACGAUGUGGAACGAUACCUAGGAGAACAUCCUGUUGAUAAUAUUCCAGCAUUAGCUGAUUCAGGAUACUCUUAUGAAAGAGAAACUGUUACUGGCCUUUUGGAUAGGUUGUCAACCCUUAGACUGAGACUAAACAGAGCGAGCGAACAUUUAAACAUGGUAUCUAGAGUUGUAAGAGGCAUGGAUUUAUCACCCACGUGGUUCGAAUCUGAUGAAGAGUUUGAGAAUGGUGACAAUGCUGGCUCUGACUAUCAACCCUCUGAAACUGAGUCAGAUGAUGAUGAUGUACAAGAACCAGCCCAGUUUAGCGAACCAGAAGUUGAAAGUGAGGAAGAGGUCCAAAACGAUGACACUGAAAUGGACACAAAUGAAGAGUAG